AUGCCGUCAAUACCUAUUCGCAUCGCCCCCUCUCCACCAACCCCACUUCCCACCGAAAACCCUCUCCCCCAGAUCCUCCACACACCCUCCGGCCUAGCCCUCCUCGAAAUCCAAGGCACAAUCCACUUCCCAGCACCCGCCUCCUCCUCUGAACCCUCAACUCAAAUCGGCAAACUCGUAUUUCCGCACUACAACCCAGAAAUCAACGGCCCUAGCGAUACAAAAUGGAUGAAGCGCGUGUACAUGUAUAUUGGCAAGGGCCAACGGAUGACGGGCGAAUGUAAAAAGUUGGCGAAUCCGAUUGCUGUGCUGCGUAAGAGGGUUGGCGAGGAUGGUGGAGAGGAUGUGGAUAUGGGGGGUACGGAGGGCGAGGGUAAGAGGGGAAAAGAGGAGGAGCUGGAGAUUGUGGAGGUGGUGAGAUAUAGGGUUAUUUUUUCUGCGAGACCAGAACCGAUUACUGGGGUUGCUGAGGUGUCAUGA